AUGGCCGCUACCCAGCAUGUGCUGUACGUGGGUGGACUUGCAGAGGAGGUGGAUGACAAAGUUCUUCAUGCAGCUUUUAUUCCUUUUGGAGAUAUCACAGAUAUUCAGGUUCCUCUGGAUUAUGAAACAGGAAAGCACCGAGGAUUUGCUUUUGUUGAAUUUGAGUUGGCAGAGGAUGCUGCAGCAGCCAUCGACAACAUGAAUGAAUCUGAACUCUUUGGACAGACGAUUCGCGUCAAUUUGGCCAAACCAAUGAGGAUUAAGGAAGGCUCUUCCAGACCAGUUUGGUCAGAUGAUGACUGGUUGAAGAAGUUCUCUGGGAAGACUCUGGAAGAGAAUAAAGAGGAAGAGGGGUCGGAGCCCCCCAAAGCAGAAGCACAGGAGGGAGAGCCCACUGCCAAAAGCCCUCAGGUGUACAUGGACAGCAAGAUUGGGAACAAGCCAGCCGGCCGCAUCCAGAUACUCCUGCGCUCAGACGUCGUUCCCAUGACGGCAGAGAAUUUCCGUUGCCUGUGCACCCACGAGAAGGGCUUUGGCUUCAAGGGGAGCAGCUUCCACCGCAUCAUCCCCCAGUUCAUGUGCCAGGGCGGCGAUUUCACCAACCACAAUGGCACCGGGGGCAAGUCCACCUACGGGAGGAAGUUCGAUGAUGAGAACUUCAUCCUCAAGCACACGGGACCAGGCCUGCUCUCCAUGGCCAACUCCGGCCCGAACACCAACGGCUCCCAGUUCUUCCUGACGUGUGACAAGACGGACUGGCUGGACAGCAAGCAUGUGGUGUUUGGGGAGGUCACGGAAGGCCUGGAUGUCUUGCGGCAGAUCGAGGCGCAGGGCAGCAAGGACGGGAAGCCGAAGGAGAAGGUGAUCAUCUCCGACUGUGGGGAGUACAUGUGA